UUCGUGCAAGUUGGCAGUGCUCAUGGUGAACUGGAAGUUCACGAGCGCUGCCAUACCAGUAGAGUGUCACAUUUUAGCAGCCAGCUGGCAACGCUUGUUGUGGCAGUCGCACGAGGAGAGCAGCCCAAAGUUUUCCUCGAAAAUUGUUAACAUUUAUAGAAUAUUCAAUAAAAGCAACGCCACAGCAUGGUGGAAACAGAGCCCGACGUUGAAGUCAACGGCACCGAGGAGGACCUGACACACAAAAAGCAGAAGAAACAGGAAGCCCAAGACUUAGAACGUGUUACAGACUAUGCGGAGGAGAAAGAAAUCUCGGCGGCAAAUAUAUCGAGCGCAGUAGCACAGUUUGGUAGCCAGCGCAGCAAAGAGAACGAGCUGAGAGUGGCCAAGGAGAAGGAGCUGCAGAAAGUGCAGGUGAAAAAGGAAGAUAUUGAACUGAUUAUGAACGAGCUGCUGGUGAGCAAAGCGCAGGCCGAGAAGGUGCUCCGUGAGCAGAGCGGCGAUGUGGUGGCCGCAUUAGAGGCCAUCAUCAACAGUUGAGGUGCGACCGCAUAGCAGGCUGAUAUUUGUACAAGCGGCGCCGUCUGUUUCUUUAUAGCAUUACAAUGGUUUAUUUGUACAUUUAUAACUAGUAAAGAAAAGAAAAACCAAACAA